UCAAGAAUCCAUUUUGAGGAAAACUAGGUGAACAGCGUCUGUACACUUUUAUACGUUUCAGAAUUUUUCCAAUUCAAGAAAACUAUCUUACCCACUCCAUUUCUCUGUAUCCCAAUUAUAUUUUCUACCUUUUCUUUAGGAUCCAUCUUAUAAAGCUUGAUUCUUUUGUGUUUUGCUGAAAAUCUUUGUUGGAAGCUAUAACAUCUCGCGAUACUAACUUGAUAGAAUCCCUGUGAAGUUGAGUACCUAUUCUGCAAUGGACUUGAAAUCUAUAUCAUGGGUUGGAAACAUAUACCAAAAAUUUGAAACGAUGUGUUUGGAGAUGGAAGAGGCUAUGUACCAGGACACUGUUAAAUAUGUUGAGAAUCAGAUGAACACUGUUGGUACAAAUGUCAAGAGAUUCUGUGCUGAAGUGAUGCAAGAUGUUCAUCCUCAAUGUAAUAUUGAUCCUGUGAAAGUCGCAGCUGCUGACUUGUCUCUUAACCCUUAUGCUCACUAUGAAAUUGACAAGAAGUUGAAAGCAAAUCUUAAAGGAAGUGCCAGAGGUUUCAGUAACAAAUUAAAUGAUGACACUCAAGUGAUCAAGGGUAAAAGCAAAAGUGGAGGAGUCUAUAAACGUCAAAAUGUCGGAAUCAAAGAAAUUGUUAGAGAUAGCCACCUAGCUAAGAAGCCUAAUGCUAUAUGUCUUGCAUCAGGGGAUGCACUAAAAUUAUCUUCAAGUGCUGAGGUUAGGGGUGGUUUUGAAUUGGCAUCUGAUCAUGUGACGCUGACUUCAGCCCUGGCCUCAGUUAAAGGAUCUGAUUCUGGAGAAGCAGCAAGUAAAGUUUCCAAUCACGUCAUACAAACUAAUGUGUCUAAAGCUGAUACUUCAAUUACUUCUGAGGCUUCUGUCAUGAUGUCAGUUGAAUCUGUUGGGAAGAAGCAAACAGAUACUUGUACAAAGGAGUUGGCUUGUAAUACAAGAUUCAAAAUUAGCAGUGAUGUUCGGAACAAUUUAGCUAAUGAGGAGAUCGAUGAGUCCCAUGAAGAAAAAUCAGAUAAUUUGUUGUCCAAGUAUGACAGCAUUGAGUCAGAUUUGGAAAUUGUUGAGAAAUUUGAUGAAUCCCAGUUCAAUGAAACAUGUGUGCUGGUUGAAGAGGACAGGAUUCAUGUUCCACAGGGUCCUGUCAAACAGAAGUCCUAUAAGAAAAAGCUUCGGGAAGCUUUCUCCACGAAAAAGAGGUUGACAAGGAAAGAGUAUGAACAACUUGGAGCGCUAUAUGGAGAUCAACAAUUCAAAGUAGAGGCCGAGGACAAGGUUGAUUAGGGAGCUGAGAGAAUUCCCUUCAAUCUCCAAGUCCAAAAGAAUGAUUGAACUCUUCUCACAUGAGAUAUGAAGAAGAACAUAAGUCAAUAAAGUCAUGGCUGAUCAUUUUUCGAGAGAUAUCUUGAUCCACAUAUUCUCAAGAUUGGGUGUCAAACAACUUUGUCAGCUCAAGUGCCUCUCAGAAGAAUGGCUUCAAACAAUUUCCAGUCCCUAUUUCAAGAAACAACAGUAUGAUCAAUCGAAGAAAAGGCCAACUCUGUCUCUUAUCAGCUCUUCAAGAAAUCGUUCGUUCAGGUCCCAAUUCAUUCAUCUUUCUUCAAUAGACUCCUAUAAUCAUGUUCAUGAAUAUGAAGCUGUUGCAGAAAUUAGAGAGCGCAAUUUUGUGUGCAUUUCUGGGCUAGACUUGUUAUGUUUUUGCCAAACUGGCUAUGAAGGGAAAAUAUGGAUUUGCAAUCCCGUUACCAAAAAGACUCUAGCUUUGCCCGUUCUUUCCGAUUUUGCAGGUAAAGCUUGUUUAGGCUAUGUCUCUUCAACUAAUGAGUACAAAAUUGUAGUAUCAUUCGAGAAAAGAGUGGACAAUUCUGAUGAUUGGAACCUCGAGGCUGAUUAAGAACUUUUGUCUUUCAAUAUCUUAACCCUUAAGCUAGAAGAGACAAGUGUAGUAGGAUCAUGGAGAGACUUGUUGUUGAGUUGCACACAAUAUUCUGGAACAUGUCAUCAACCAGUCCACAUCAACGGGAUCGUUUAUUGGCUAGCCUUUGCGAAAGAUAAUACCGUUAGCAGUGAUCGUAUGACAAUUCUUGAAAUGAACUUGGAAAAUGAGGAAGUACAUACUCUCCGUUGUCCAAAUGGCUAUAACUUUGGGUUUUCACAUUUGGCUGAGAUAAAUGGACAUUUAUGUUUCGUUCACAAUAAAACAGAUGCUGAUAUGUUAAAUGCUUGGAUGUUGAAGGACCGUGUGAGUGAAGCAUGGUGUCUAGAGUAUAGCGUUGAGGUUCCUCAGAGUGCUUAUAACUACAUCACGAUUCUUGGUUAUUUACCAAGAAAUGAUGAGAGUACCGGUGAUAUCUUGAUUCAGUCGUUAAAAGGUAAUAAUCUCUUUUGUUAUGAAACUGAUACCCAAAAGUUCAAAGAAUUGCAGAGUUUAAAUAAGGUAAAGUUUGAGUGGUGUGGUCUUUAUUAUGAGAGUCUCUUCUCUAUAGGCAUGCCUGGAAAUUAGAAUCCGAAAUGUUUGUUUGUUAAUCGUGUUAGAAUGUGUUUUCGAGCUGGUUUCCAGUUGAUUAUUGAUUUCUUGUGUGA